GGGCAGCGAGCAGAGGUGAAAGGCAUGGGCAAGGCCAUGUUCAAGGGCGCUGAUGGGAAGAUGGUGGGCCUCAAGAACGUGCUUUUGGUGCCCAACCUAGCAGCCAACCUGAUUUCCGCGAUUUCUUCCAAGUGGCUCUUCAAGCGCAAGACCGACGCCGACGGCAACAUUGAGCGCUACAAGAGCAGACUUGUAGCCAAGGGGUACCAGCAGCAAGAGAAGAAGGACUACAAUGAAGUAUAUGCUCCUGUGGUGAAGGGUACAACCCUUCGAACUCUCUUCGCCGCGGCGGCCAUCAAAGGAUGGGUGGUGAAGCAAAUGGACAUUGUAACGGCCUUCCUCAACGGCGUUUUGGAGGAAGUGACCUACAUGGAGCAGCCAGAGGGGUACAAUGAUGGGAGUGGCAGAGAGGUGAUGCUGAAGCUUCAAGACAAGUUCAAGUGCAAGACCCUUGGUGACGUCAACUACUACCUUGGGCUUCACAUUGAGCGAGAUGUGGAGAAGCGGUGGAUGCGAGUGCAUCAAAAGAAGCUGCUUGAGCAGCAGCAUUGGAAGUGUUGCAAGCUUGCUGGGAUGGCUCUGAACUAAGGGGAGCAGAUUCUAAGGCCAACAAUCCGAGGGGGAGUUUGAUGGUGCAACCCUAUGGCUUGCACUCGGCUUGUCGUCCUUGUUUGUGUGUGUGCAUGCAUGGCAUGGAAUGAAUUGUGAGUCUAUGU